AUGUAAGAUGAUAUUUACACGUGCUUUUGCUGCUACAAAUUUUAUAAUUUACAAGAAAGACGACCAUUUUAACUAUCAUGCGGUGAUAUUAUUUGCCUCUAAUGCUAUAAUGCUUAGAAAGACUAGAUAUAAAACUAGCAAGUGCAAUGUCCCUUUGAUAACAAUCAUCUCUGCCCAGUAGAUUAACCGCCUACCGAGUCAUUAUUUAUGAUGAGAUAUCUCCUAAAAAAUGAUUUCUAUCUAAUCAAAUGCGAUGAUCAUCCAAAUGAAAAUGCAAAUACUUAUUGCAAACAAACAAAUAAAUUAGUUUGUCUAAGAUGUUUGAGGGAAGAUCCUCACCCUCAUUUUAUAUAAAAUAAAAAAUUACAUAUUCAUAAAAUGGAGCAAGAUUAAUAUCAACAAAUUUAUGAGAUCUUUGAUGUUCUGGACUGGAUCUAUCUCUCAAUAUACCUAAUAAGCUUAAUUCUUUUCACUUAUUAUGGCAUAAUAGAGCUUAUUUCAAAUCGCAAUUAUUGUAAAUACAAGGAGAUGGCUUAAUAUUUUAAAUCUGUACAAAAACAAGUCAAAGCCAACGACAUUCAUGAAAUUAUUAAUUUAUUCUCUUAUACUAACUGA